CCGCCGCCGCCCUCCACCUCCUCGGCCGAGGUGGGCCCGGGCUUCUUUGGCCUGGGCCUGCCGGCUCACCUGGCCCUCUCGUACCCGGGUGCCGGGCCCGUCUGGGGGGCCUUCGCCUUCUCCGGAGGGGCCUCGGCGGGGGCCGGCGGAGGCGGAGGGGCCUCUUCGUGCCCCUCUGCUGGAGGCGGCGGCGGCGGGUCUUCCUCGUCGUCGUCGUCGUCCACCUCUUCGCCUCACGCCGGGCGCAGCCUGGAGAAGACCCUGGAGGAGGCCGGCAGCUCCGGGAUCCUCUGCCUCAGCGGCAGGAAGCUCCGCGAAUUCCCCGCCGCCGGAGCCGGAGCCGCCGCCCUCACGGCCGCCUACGACCUCAGCGACACCACCCAGGCCGAUCUUUCCAAGAACAGAUUUACUGAAAUUCCUCCUGAAGUGUGGCAGUUUGCUCCACUUGAGACAUUGAACUUGUAUCACAACUGCAUCAAAUCUAUCCCUGAAGCAAUUAAAAACCUACAGAUGUUAACAUAUCUCAAUAUCAGUCGAAAUCUGUUAUCAACGUUGCCAAAAUAUCUGUUUGAUCUGCCACUUAAAGUUUUGCUUGUCAGCAAUAAUAAGCUCAUGUCCAUUCCUGAAGAGAUUGGAAAGUUGAAAGAUCUAAUGGAAUUGGAUAUUAGCUGCAAUGAGAUCCAGGUCCUUCCCCAGCAAAUAGGAAAACUGCAGUCACUCAAAGAAUUAAAUGUAAGAAGAAAUAAUCUCCAUAUGUUGCCUGAUGAAUUGGGAGAUCUCCCUUUGGUCAAGCUCGAUUUCUCUUGUAACAAAAUCACAGAGAUACCAGUCUGUUACAGAAAGCUGCGUCACUUGCAAGUAAUCAUUUUGGAUAACAACCCAAUGCAGAUCCCACCGGCACAGAUAUGUUUGAAGGGCAGAGUACACAUAUUUAAGUUCCUCAGCAUUCAAGCGUGCCUCAGAAUGGAUAAAAAGCCAGAUUCUUUGGAUCUACCCUCCCUGGGCAAAAGGAUUCCUUCCCAGCCACUCACAGACAGUAUGGAAGAUUUCUAUCCCAAUAAAAACCACGGCCCAGACUCUGGCAUUGGUAGCGAUAACGGGGAUAAAAGAUUAUCCACAACAGAACCAUCUGAUGAUGACACAAUCAGCCUUCACUCUCAGGUAUCGGAAUCUACAAGGGAGCAGACGCUCAGAAACGACAAUCAGUUACUAGGAAACAAACCUGAACUUCAUAAAGACCCAGAGGUGUGUGAUUACCUUGAUCCCAGUUCCGAGGAUGUGGCUUCCUGUGACCAAGGAGAUAUGCAAACUGGGCCAUCAAUCUCUUAUAAUAAGGAACGAGGGAAGCUGACCGAGAAGUCUCAGAAGACGGAACCGCAUGAAGACCGGAUGGAUGAAAAGAGGGUUCAGAAAGAACAAGUACUGGCAGAGGAAGAUGAUGAAUUAAAAGAAGUAACCGACCUGCGGAAAAUAGCUGCCCAGCUACUGCAGCAGGAACAGAAGAACAGGCUUUUGAAUCAUUCCACCUCGGCAAGCACGAGAAACCGAACCAAACAGGCUGUGGACUCUGAAAAAAGCCUUUCAGCCGAUGAAGCACACUCUCCAUCGUCGCCGUAUAGCUGGCAGUCGCUGGAGUAUCAGAAGGACCAUCCGGACGAGCAGCACUGGCCAGAUGUGCAGCCCGUUAUCUGGCAGAAUGAGGAGAGGAGGCGAAGCAAGCAGAUCAGAAGAGAAUAUUUCAAGUACAAGUCUUCUCGGAAGAGUUCAAGCGGAAAUGAAAAUGAUGAGCAAGACAGUGAUCAUGCUAAUGUGUCUCCACAGUCUCCCGUGUCAUCCGAGGAUUAUGAGAGGAUGGAUGGCAAUUCUCAUGGCCCUUUUGGACUUAAACCCAGAUCAGCUUUUGGUCGUUCUCGUCAAGAUUAUAGCACUGCAGACCCUGGAUUCACCAUGAGAAGGAAAAUGGAGCACUUGAGGGAAGAGAGAGAGCAGAUAAAGCUGCUGCGCAAUAACCUGGAGUCACGGCUGAAGGUCAGCCUGCCUGAUGACAUUGGGGCGGCCUUAAUGGAUGGGGUGGUCCUGUGUCAUUUGGCCAAUCACAUAAGACCGCGAUCUGUUGCCAGUAUUCACGUCCCGUCACCAGCUGUGCCUAAACUCAGUAUGGCCAAAUGCCGAAGAAAUGUGGAAAACUUCCUCGAUGCUUGUAAAAAACUGGGUGUCCCGCAGGAAAAACUUUGCCUGCCCCACCAUAUUUUGGAAGAGAGGGGCCUUGUCAAAGUUGGACUUACCGUGCAGGCUCUUCUUGAGAUACCUUCCUCGAAAGCCUCGCAGCUUUCCUGCCUGUGACAGAACUCUCUCCGAUGGCCCAGGCGUGCGGGCCCUCUCGACCGAUCCCAGCCAGUCCAGCUCUCUCCCAAGAACACCCCAAGCUAUCAGACGUGGUCACAGGCCAGAUAUUUCAGACUGAGCCUUAACUGUGGACAGAAACGUCAUGUCAAACUGACCAUUCUCGGGCCUAGUAACAGAUUGUACUGCUUGCUUAUUUAACUCAGAGCCAUAAGAGAUUUUGAGAACAUCAGUCUCUCUUCCCAGGUCGUAUUCCUUCUCAGUUCUCCCAUUAAUCUUUCAUGAUGUCGUCUUUAUUUUCCAAAAAACAAAUACCACUUUUUCCCCUGCACUGUACUGUGUUCAGCUUUCUCCUAAGUUUGCAGCACACGUUUUAUAAGGAGAGACCAAGAGGUCACUUUAGUGAUGCCGGGAGGGCAGAGGAUCCCUUAUGAGGGGUCCGUUCCGUGACGGCAAUGCAGACGUCUUGAAAACCAUGCCUCCUUCUCUCUCUCUCUCUCUUUCAUGCACAGUACAGCUUUAGGAUGUGUGCAGUGAGACACACUCAAAAUGUCGUCUGUAAAGCUCUUAAGUUAGAUUUCCCCGAAAGCUAAAUUCGUAUCAUUUUAUGUACGUUUGGAAAGAAAAAGAAACACUACAACAUUGUGGCAAAAUCUGGAUGAUUGAUCAUGUAGCUAACUUUUUCCCACUUUCCCCAAGUUUGUACACUUAAUUUCUUGCACUUCUUAACUCCUGUGCCAUCUCCAUAUUAUAGCUGAGUAUGUGGUGACAACGGCAGAAUAGUAUACAGUAUAAGGACAAGCCGUGUGGGUUUUUUCAGUAUUCUAGGUUGGUGCCAAAAUAUUUUUUUUUCAGUUGUACUGUAGAUUGUUUACAUGUGAAGUGCCUGUGUAAUGGACAACUCUUUUACUAGUCUUAAACAUUUUUGCAAUUCCUUUAUGACUCAAUAGAUACAAAUGCAUAUUUUUAAAUAUUAGGGGUUUUUUUGUAAGGUUGGUAAUAUGUGAAGUUUAAAAGACUAACAUCUUGUGUGUUGGAUGUUCUUCAGUUUGCACAGUUUGAAUUUAUUAGGUUUGAUUUUUAGGAAAAAAACACAAUGUAAAUAUGCUUUUAUUUAUCAUAUUUAAUUUGAUACCUAAUCACUUUUUAAAGUGUGGUUGGACAACAGAUGUCUCUUUUUUUAAAAAAAAUAUUUUCUUUGUCUGGAAGAACAGUGAUGUAUAGAGUGAAUUUAAGUGAGAGUCAUAACAGAAGCUUAUGAGUUAAGGAUGUUGGAGUAAAACUGCCAAAAAAAUAAAUAAAUCUCAGGUUUAUAA